AUGGCGGCAGGAUGGCUGAACCAGACAUCCCUGUUUGUCAACGACUGGGCGAUCCGGAUCGUGGUGCUGUGCAGCUUCGCCGCCCACCUCCUCGCACUCCUCGCCGGGAUCCGUCGCCGUCAAGCCACCGGCGUGCGGGCGCUCCUCCUAUGGCUGGCGUACCAGCUGGGAGGCUUCUCGGGGACGUACGCGCUCGGCAGCAUGUCCCUCAGCCGCACGACGCCGCAGCAGCAACAGCAGCUGGCGCUGUGGGCGCCGUUCCUGCUCCUGCAUCUCGCUGGCCCGGACAACAUCACCGCCUACUCCCUCGAGGACACCGUUCUCGCCGGGAGACAGGCGCUCACCGUCGCGGUACAGAUCGCCGGAGCAUCCUAUGUCCUGUACAAGCAGAUAUACAGCAGCAGUGCCGGCGGCGGCGGUGGCGGCGGCGCGUUACUGUGGGUCGCCGUGGUCAUGUUUGCCAUCGGCGUUGCCAAGUAUGUGGAGAGGGCCAUGGCGAUGAGGCAGGCCGACCUGGGGAACAUGAGGAGCACGAGCAAGAGGAGCAAGCUAGAAAGAAGAAGAUUCUUCAGAGAUGUCAGGGAGCUGGGGAACGAGCAUGCCUUGCUCGUCGCUCACGACCUGCUCUACAUCACCAAGGGCUCCUUUGUUGAUCAUUUGGACGACGAGCAUCCUCUUGAUCUUGAAUCCGUCAGGUCAGAGAUAUUCCGCCAUGGAUGGAAGGGGGUGCUCAGGGUGGUCGACAUGGAGCUCUCGCUCAUGUACGACGUCCUCUACACCAAGGCAGCCGUGGCGCACACAUGGUUCGGCUACGGCGUCCGUGUCGUGUCACCGGCUGUCAGCGCAACCGCGUUGCCGCUGUUUUGGUUCCAAGGUAAAGACGGCCAUCACAGCUCCGACGUUUCCAUCACGUACAUGCUGAUGGCAAGCACCGUCCUCCUGGAUAUCAGAUGCCUUCUCCGAGCAGUGGUGUCGACAUGGAGCUACGCGUUCCUGCUCGACAGGCCAUGUUGCUGGCUUCAUCAUGUUCAUGGCUUACCGGCGAGAUGGCGCGCCUUCCGUCGUUUUAUCCUCUCCCUACAUCCAUGCCGGCUUCUUGGGAAGGAGCCAACUAGUUACAGGACAUGGUCGGGCACCAUUGGGCAGUACAACUUGUUGCACGAGAGUACCCAUGACACGACCAGCAAGUGGAGCGCUCUGGUAAAGAAGGUUGCAUCGGACGAGCAGUGGAUGGAGUACGAAUACCACUACUCGAGGGGUGUUCGUAUUUCAGAAUAUGUCAAGGAGAAGUUGUUCGACUGUAUUUGGGAAUACAUGUGGUUAGCAUACCCAGUAAUAAUAUCUAAAAAACAAGAAGGGAAGGAAAUGGGAGGGGCACUUACUUGCUCAGCUCAUGUUAGAUCCGUUACGGAAUUAGCAGAAGCUCUACAUUUUCUUCCUGAAUUUCAAGAGUCCGUCCUUGUCUUGCACAUCGCCACGGAUGUGUUAUUCUGCCUCGCUGAAUGUGAUACAAAUGCAUCAUCGUCUAAGCAGCUGGCGAUGCCGAUCAAGGUGAUAUCAGACUACAUGGUGUUCCUCGUCGCCGUGCGCCCGAGCAUGCUACCGGGUCUCAAGCUUCGCAGCCUCUACGAAACCACCCAGCUCGCUCUCGAGAAAAUAUGGACAGAGGAAAGAUCUUCCUGCAACAGCACGAGAACAAACGAGAAGUGUCUUGUUGAAAUCCUGCGUGCCAUGGAGAAGGAAGAGGGUAAUAAGACAGUUCUGAAGAAUGAAAGCAACUGGAGGCCAGGCUAUAGAACCCGGGACAUGGAGCCAGACUUUGUAAGCAAGCUCUACGACUCGAACAUGAUUCUGUCAGACGGAAUUAAACUGGCCGAGCUUAUGCUGCGAUGGCUAUGUUUUGGUUACAGGGAGAACAUUCCGCACACUAAAUCAGAAUUGAAAUUUGGACAGAUGUUUCCAGAACUAAUGAAAUUCAUGCGAAACGAUCAGAGGUGCAGCUACUCCAGCAAUGACAAAAUGACACAACUGCUGGAAUGCAUCUUCAAGGAGUGGGUGCGUCUCCUGAUUAACGCGUCCGUUAAAUGUACGAGAGAUUCCCAUGCGAAGCAGCUGAGCCGUGGCUGUGAGCUCACGACCGUCGUGUGGAUCCUCGUCGAACACGCUGGCAUAUUCCGGAUCAACAGUGACGGCAGAGAUGAUGGUGCUACUACCGGUCGGUUUAUUGCUGCCUAG